CUGGUUCACCAAGUGCUCUGGACACUCUCUGUGCUCUGGAUGCCCAUGGACCAAUUUUGGAUCCCUCUUCUCACCACACUCCUUCUCCACCAAACCACGAGUGCCAGCGACACCACGGAGCUGAUCAGGGCCGUGGGUGGGUCCGUGACCUUCCGCACCCAGGACUCGACAAAAGGAAAUGCAUUCUGGAGUUUUGGGACUGAACCCAUAGCGACUGCAUCAUUUGGGGAUCCUCCUCAAGUCUUAUUUUUAAAACAAACAUUUGAAACUCGCUUUGCUGUCUCUGAGAAGGGCCGUGCACUCAGCAUCUCCCAGCUGAGGCUGGAGGAUGCCGGGAACUACUCUGUAAAGAUUAAUGAUAAAAGAUACAGCUUCACCCUCCGCUUGUUCAGGGAGCUGGCAGAGCCCACGGUUGCCUGUGAGGCCCAGAACUGCUCGGGUGGGAGCUGCCGCUUCUCCCUGCGCUGCUCCACGUCUGGCAACCACAUUGGGAAGGUCUCCUACACCUGGAGAGUGGGAGAUCAGCCAUGGGAUGAGGGCCCCGUGGUGGUGUUGGUGAAUAAAUCCUCCUUGGAGGAGCCGGAGCCGCUGACGUGCACGGCACACAACCCUGUGAGCAGCAGGAAUGUCACCGUCACCACCCCUGGCAUGCUCUGCACAGAAACUUCCAUGCACCCUCCCGGUCUCGGCACCCUCUCCAGCAGCGGGGUCACGAUCUGGCUCCUAGCCACCAUUGGAGUCGCGGUGCUUUUAUUGGUUCUCCUCCUGUUCCUCCGUAAAUUCACAGGCUGGAGGAAAUUCCACCUUUCCAGACACAAGCCUACGGACACAGGGGCGAUACCCAACACCGUGUACGCUGAGGUGGGCCCUUCCCAGCAGUGCACCCCUAAUGGAAUUAAAGCCAAACCAACGGACGGGGAAUCCACCACAACCGUUUAUUCCCUGGUCAGGCGUCCAGACCAGGUGGAAAAUGGGACAGCAGAAAAUGGCACCGUAGUCGGUCUGGAGCUGGUCUAGAAGGACCUGGAACUGGUUUAAAGGAUUUGGACCUGGUCCAGAAUACUUUGAAUGUGUUUUAAAAUACCUAGAACUGGUCUAGAAUGAGCUGGAACUGGUGUAAAGGGUCUGAAACUGGUCCAGAAUAAUUUGAAUCUCAUUUAAAGUACCUAGAACUGGUCUAGAAUGAACUGGACCUGGUUUAAAGGGUUUGGAACUGGUCUAGGACCAUUUGAAUCUCAUUUAAAGUACCUAAAAGUGGUCUAGAAUGACCUGGACCUGGUUUAAAGGGUCUGGAACUCAUCUAGAAUAAUUUGGAUAUGUUUGAAAGUACCCAGAACUGGUCUAGAAUGACCUGGACCUGGUUUAGAAGGACCUGGACCUGUUUUAAGGUCAAACAGACCCCACAAUGCGUCUCCGGAAUAUCUCCAGAACAGAUCAAACAUCCCCAGUCCCACUCCAGACCCGAAUCUCAGGGAUCUCCCCUUUCCCUCCUCAUCGCUUCUGCCGCAGUUUCCCUCCCGACAGCCUCAGUUUGGGAUCUCAGGGAGGAUUCGGAGCCUUUUAGAAUUUUCCUCCCUGAUUUUGGCAGCUCCCUGGGAUUCAGGCUCCUUUCCCCACCCUCUCCCGCCGGGCUGCUGAACAAAACUCUGCAGGGACUCCCAGACAGGCUGGGGGAGUGUUGGGGGUUGAGUGUUUUCUGUUACUGUGUCAAUUUGGGGAAUUUUCCCCA